UCUAGUUCAUUGGAGUGGCUGCGGCUGGCGGCUUCAUUUUCUGAAUUAAUUACCAAUUGUCGCAAAAACUGCGCGUCCUUUACCUAUAUCUGAUAUUAAAAUUAUUAUUUUGUGGUGGUGUUGUGUCUAUUCAUUAUCUAAAUGGCUUCAGAAGAUGAAGUAGAUGGUUCUUUUGCAGGUGAUGAGGAUCUGGAGGAAGGUGAGGGUCAGAAUGACAAUUCCGCCGAAAGUGAUGAAGCUCCCCCAAAGGAGGAUGAUGAUUAUUCACCCGAAGAUGGAAGAAAGAAAAAGAAAGGCAAGAAAAGAAAAGCUAGGGGUGAAGAUAAAAAAGGCAGAAAGAAGAAGAAAAAACGAAAGAAUGAGAGUGAAGAGGAGGAAGAGUUUGGUGUGGAGGUGGAGGCGGAGGGCGACAGCGACUACGCCCUGAGCGCGGUAUCGUCCAGUAAGAAGUCGAGGAAGGUGCGCGGCGCCAAACACAACACGUCUACGUCGGUCGCCUCCGACUCGGGCUCAGGUAUGCCGACAGUGGAAGAAGUUUGCACAUCAUUUGGUCUGGCAGACGUAGAUAUACAGUACUCGGACGCUGAUCUUGAGAAUUUGACCAGUUAUAAGUUAUUCCAGCAACACGUGCGGCCAUUUAUCGUGAAGGAGAACCCAAAGGUGCCAGUAUCGAAAGUAAUGAUGUUGGUGGCCGCAAAGUGGCGCCUGUUCUGCGAAACAAACCCGCACCUGGACGGCAGCAACAAUCAGAAUAUUGGAGGAUCGGAAGAGAAUACGAACACAUCGACAGCUUCCGACUAUGUGUCGUCAAAACGAGCGGGACGUACGCCGAAAGAUAGUAAGGUCGAUGAUUCUGUUGAUGAGCCGGAAGAAGAGGAGGACGAGGGUGUGAGUGACGAAGGAGUGCCGGCUCCUCGCAAACGAGGCCGCAAGCCCAAGCACUCGGGCUCCACGCCGCGGGGCAAGCCGGGCCGCAAACCUAAAGUACCCACACUCAAGAUUAAAUUUAGCAAGAGGAAGAGGACUAGUAGUGAAGAGGAACAAGAAGGCAGUGCAGGUGCUAAUUCUGAUUCGGAUGCAGAGUUUGAACAAAUGUUGGCUGAAGCCCAAGCAGCCAAAACAGCAGCAAGUGCUGUAGAAGAACCAGUACCGCCAAAGGAAGAAGAUCCCAAUGCACCACAACCUCCAAAGAAGAAAGCCAAGACAAAGAUUGGUAAUAAGAGUAGGAAAAAGAAGAAAUUGAAGACAACUAACAAGUUCCCCGAUGGCACUGAAGGCGAGCCAGAACACCAGGACUACUGUGAGGUCUGUCAACAAGGUGGUGAGAUAAUCUUGUGCGACACAUGUCCCCGCGCGUACCAUCUGGUGUGUUUGGAGCCAGAGCUAGAGGAGACACCUGAGGGGCGCUGGUCGUGCCCGCACUGCGAGGCUGAGGGGAACCAGGACCAAGAGGAUGAUGAUGAGCAUCAAGAGUUCUGCAGGGUUUGCAAGGAUGGUGGUGAGUUGCUGUGCUGUGAUUCCUGUCCAUCAGCUUACCAUCGCUUCUGUUUGAAUCCACCACUGGAUGAGAUCCCUGAUGGUGAAUGGAUAUGUCCACGAUGUAGUUGCUUACCAAUAGAAGGAAAAGUUGCUAAAAUAUUGACGUGGCGGUGGAAGGAACACUCCACUAAAAGCAAGAAAGCAGCGCCCCGAAGCAGAGAGUUCUUUGUGAAAUGGCACGACAAGUCUUAUUGGCAUUGCAGCUGGAUAUCCGAAUUGCAGUUGGAUGUCUUCCACCCGUUGAUGUACCGUUACUACAUGCGUAAGUCUGACCCCGAAGAGCCACCCAAGUUGGAAGAGCCAGAGGAAAGAGAGGGAAGAAGGCGUUUGCACGGCAAACACUCCCAACAAGACAGCAAUGAGAAAAUGCUGGAGGAUAAAUUUUACAGGUUUGGUGUGAAACCCGAGUGGUUAAUUGUGCACCGAGUGAUCAACCACCGCACCUCUCGAGAUGGCACUACGUAUUAUUUGGUGAAGUGGCGUGAUCUGUCUUACGACCAGGCAACAUGGGAAUCAGAACACGAAGAUAUUGCCGGGCUCAAAGCAGCCGUUGAAUAUUACCAGGACAUGCGCGCCUGUAUUACAUCUGAAGGCAAAAGCAAAGGUAGUAAGGGAAAGAAACCUGGACGUAAAAGCAAGAACAGAGAUAAUACUGAUGAUGAUGAAAACAGUAGUGGGCUACAAGGGAAGAGUUGUAGGAAAUACAACCCACCCCCUGAUCGUCCCACGACUAACCUCAACAAAAAGUAUGAAGAUCAACCACCAUAUGUCUAUGAAACGGGUAUGCAACUUCAUCCAUACCAAUUGGAAGGAUUAAAUUGGUUAAGGUAUUCGUGGGGACAAGGCAUUGACACUAUUCUGGCUGAUGAGAUGGGUCUAGGUAAAACUAUUCAAACUGUGACUUUCCUAUACUCCUUAUUCAAAGAGGGUCAUUGCAAAGGACCAUUCCUUGUUUCUGUUCCACUCUCUACAAUUAUUAAUUGGGAGCGUGAGUUUGAACUAUGGGCUCCAGAUUUAUACUGCAUCACAUACGUGGGGGAUAAAGAUUCGCGAGCUGUAAUACGAGAAAACGAACUGACUUUCGAUGAUGGCGCAAAUAGAGGUGGUAGGCCAUCUAAAAUCAAGUCACAAGUUAAAUUUAAUGUGCUCCUUACAUCAUAUGAAUUAAUCUCAAUUGAUUCCACUUGUCUUGGAUCUAUUGACUGGGCUGUGCUUGUGGUCGAUGAAGCGCACAGACUAAAAAGCAAUCAAUCCAAAUUCUUCCGGCUUUUAGCUGGCUAUCAAAUUCAUUAUAAACUACUACUUACCGGUACGCCAUUGCAGAACAAUUUGGAAGAGUUGUUCCAUCUGCUCAAUUUCUUAAACAAAGAUAAAUUUAAUGAUCUUGCCGCAUUCCAAAACGAAUUCGCUGAUGUAUCGAAGGAGGAACAAGUAAAAAGGUUGCAUGAAAUGCUUGGACCACACAUGUUGCGACGUCUCAAGGCUGAUGUACUCAAGAAUAUGCCAACGAAAUCUGAAUUUAUUGUCCGAGUUGAGUUGUCCCCAAUGCAAAAAAAAUAUUACAAAUAUAUUUUAACCAGAAAUUAUGAGGCUUUAAAUCCCAAAAGCGGUGGAGCUACAGUGUCAUUGCUUAAUGUUAUGAUGGAUUUGAAGAAAUGUUGUAACCAUCCUUAUUUAUUCCCCGUCGCGGCCGAGGAGGCACCAUUGGCCCCACAGGGCCAUUACGAAACACAAGCACUAAUAAAAGCGUCUGGAAAGCUAGUACUGAUGUCAAAAAUGUUAAGACAACUGAAAGAACAAGGCCAUAGAGUGCUUAUAUUCUCUCAAAUGACGAAGAUGUUAGAUAUUUUAGAAGAUUUUCUGGAAGGAGAAGGCUAUAAGUAUGAGAGAAUUGAUGGUGGUAUUACAGGAACAAUACGUCAAGAAGCCAUUGAUAGAUUCAACGCUCCUGGCGCCCAACAGUUUGUGUUCUUGCUGUCGACUAGAGCCGGCGGAUUAGGUAUCAACUUAGCAACGGCAGAUACCGUCAUUAUUUAUGAUUCAGAUUGGAAUCCCCAUAACGAUAUACAGGCGUUCUCCCGAGCUCAUCGUAUUGGUCAAGCCAAUAAGGUGAUGAUCUAUCGUUUUGUUACGCGUAACAGUGUAGAAGAGAGAGUAACACAAGUGGCUAAGAGAAAGAUGAUGUUGACACAUUUGGUAGUCAGACCUGGUAUGGGUGGCAAAGGAGCGAAUUUCACUAAACAGGAGUUGGAUGACAUUCUCAGAUUUGGUACUGAAGAGUUAUUUAAAGAGGAUGAAGGAAAAGAGGAAGCCAUUCAUUAUGAUGAUAAAGCUGUUGGCGAAUUGUUGGACAGAUCAAAGGAAGGUAUAGAACAGAAAGAGUCAUGGGCUAAUGAAUAUCUUAGUUCAUUCAAAGUAGCAAAUUAUUCGACAAAAGGUGAUGACGAAGAAGUUGACACUGAGAUUAUUAAACAGGAAGCAGAAAAUACUGACCCAUCUUAUUGGAUUAAGUUACUGAGGCAUCAUUAUGAGCAACACCAGGAAGAUCAGGCCAGAACACUUGGAAAAGGUAAAAGAGUCCGAAAGCAAGUCAACUACAAUGAUGGAAGUGUUGCUCAAACAGAAAACAGGGAAGACUCUACUUGGCAGGAAAAUGGUUCUGAUUUCAAUUCUGACUUCUCUCAGGGUAGCGAAGACGAUAAAGAGGAUGACGACUUUGAUGAAAAGAAUGAUAAUGGUGAUCUUCUGAGUCGCAGAAGUAAGAGACGCCUCGAAAGACGAGAAGAGAGAGAUAGACCUUUACCGCCUUUACUUGCCAGGGUCGGGGGCAACAUGGAAGUCCUCGGCUUCAAUGCCAGACAGAGGAAAUCAUUCCUCAAUGCCAUUAUGCGAUAUGGAAUGCCGCCACAAGAUGCGUUUAAUUCACAAUGGCUGGUAAGAGAUUUGAGAGGAAAAUCUGAACGAAAUUUUAAAGCCUACGUUUCCUUAUUCAUGCGGCAUCUUUGCGAACCAGGAGCUGAUAAUGCUGAAUCGUUUGCAGAUGGUGUCCCGAGAGAAGGAUUAUCUAGGCAACAUGUAUUGACAAGGAUUGGUGUGAUGAGUUUGAUCAGAAAGAAAGUGCAGGAGUUCGAACACAUUAAUGGGUACUAUAGCAUGCCUGAAUUAAUAAGGAAGCCUGUGGAACCUGUUAAGAUAGCUGGAGCGGAAAGUUCCGCUCCGAGUCCCUCCCCAUCAAGCGCUACACCCAUCACAUCAGCCGCACCCUCUCCUGCACCAACCCAGGCCACGCAGAACUCGGGACAAGCGCCAACACCUGUUGGAUCAGAAAAGGACGAGAAAGAAGAAACAAAAGAUGAAAUUAAAUCUGAACUUAAAGAUAAGGACAAGGAAGAGCCGAUGGAUACCAGUGACAUAAAAGAAGAAAAGAUUGAAGAAAAGGAAAGCAACAAAGAAGAAACUAAGGAUGAAAGACGGAUGUCUGUUGACGAGGAACCACCGAAAGAUGAUGAUAAGGCAGAGAAAACGGCGGAUGACAAAGAGGAAAAAGUCAAAGAAGAAAAAUUGAAAGAUGAUAAAGAUGAUAAGAGUGACAAUACAGAGUCAGAGUCCUCCGAGAAAACUAAAGAAGAGAAGAAAGAAGAGGACGAUGACGACGUCGUGCUGGUGAAAGAGGAGGAAGAUCUCAAGGUGGAGCGACGCAAGUUUAUGUUUAAUAUCGCGGACGGCGGGUUCACCGAGCUUCACACACUGUGGCUGAACGAGGAGCGUGCGGCCGCCCCGGGCCGCGAGUACGAGAUAUGGCACCGGAGACACGACUACUGGCUGCUGGCGGGCAUCGUGACGCACGGCUACGGGCGUUGGCAGGACAUCCAGAACGACCUGAGGUUCGCCAUCAUCAACGAGCCGUUCAAGAUGGAUGUCGGCAAGGGCAACUUCCUCGAGAUCAAAAACAAAUUCUUAGCAAGGCGAUUCAAGCUGCUGGAGCAAGCGUUAGUGAUCGAGGAGCAGCUGCGCCGCGCCGCGUACCUCAACCUGACGCAGGACCCCAACCACCCCGCCAUGUCUCUGAACGCGCGCUUCGCCGAGGUGGAGUGUCUCGCCGAGUCGCACCAGCAUCUCAGCAAGGAGUCGCUGGCUGGCAACAAGCCUGCUAAUGCUGUCUUGCAUAAGGUUCUGAACCAGCUGGAGGAGCUGCUGUCGGACAUGAAGUCGGACGUGUCCCGGCUGCCCGCCACGCUGGCCCGCAUCCCGCCCGUGGCCCAGCGGCUGCAGAUGUCGGAGCGGUCCAUCCUGUCGCGGCUGGCCGCCACCGCCGGCAACCCGCUCCCCGCCGGCCAGAUGCCCCAGUUCCCGGCCGGGUUCGCGGCGGGCGGUACUCUGGGCGGGUUCUCCGGCGCGGCCAGCCCGGCGGCCACGUUCUCCAACUUCCGGCCGCAGUACUCCGUGCCCGGCCAGCCCGCGCCCGCCGCCAGCCCCGCGCCUCCCGCGGCCGCGACCUCCAAUAAGGCGUAAAUGCGGAUAGAGGCAGCUGACGAGGACGAAUCAACAAUCACAGUAACAGCGAGAGACGAGCUCGAGCGGCUUAGACGAAUAUUUAGGAUGUAAGCUGUUCAAGAUUCCUGUUCCACCUUGGGUUUAAAGUGAUAACUAGUAUUUAGUGCAGUUAUGUUUAAGUAACGAAUGUUAUUGUCAUUUUCAAAUGGAACUCACUGUAUUAUUUAUUUUAUCCUUAACUGAAUCUUGUUCUAACUUAAGUUGAUUGUAGACUUAUGAAAACUAUUUUUAAUUUACCAAAAAUGAAAAUUUGAAUAAAUCAUACAUUUAAGCAAUUAUUUA